AUGCCUAUUUUCUUGACCAAAGAGAAGCUUACACCUAUCGCAGCAUGGGACACCAAAGGCCGACUCGACGACAUGGAAGUCGUCUUUCAGCGAAUGGAGGCACAGAUGCAAUCGAAGUUCGAUGGCCAGGCGCAAGCCAAAAAUGCUCUUGAAGAGAGCCUCGCAUUGUUCAAGACACGGGUCCAGGAGCUUACCGAGGAGAACCGCGAACUCAUCUCCCAAAAGCGCACGAUAGCCAGCGAUCUCGAACGAGCACGAAAUGAACUACACACCACAUCGACCGACUUGCGACAAGUGCGCCGAGAUCAAGAGCGAGAAAUGGUUGAUCUGGAGAGGAAGCACGAGAGGGAGUUGGCCGAUAUUCAAGCGAGGCGCGAGAAGGAAGAGCAAUGGAUAGAGAGAGAGCGUGAGAAGGAGUCCGAUCGCUUUACAAAGGAGAUGGAAGAAGCACAAAAGGCGUGGCAGAGGAAGAAGGACUCGGAGACGGCAGACCUGACUUCGCAACAUUGGGACGAGAUGGAGGCUAUGCGUGUGGAUCACGACCGCGCACUGUCGAGACUGCAGAAAGAGAUUGAUGGUCUGCAACAGGCUGGACAAAGUCGUGCGAGCGAGUCCGCGACGGAAGUGCAGACGAUGCGGGAUACAAUUGCCAGUCUUCAAAGCCAGCUCGAUGCCAGCAACUUGACGACAACCAGUCUGAGGAACAGAAUUGCCGUGUACGAGGCCAAGAUCACCACGCUGGAGGAAGAGAAGAAUGCACUCGUCUCCAAGACGCACUUCUUAGAGGGCAACCAGGAAGCGCAAAGCCACGAAUUCACAACAAUGCGCGAGAAGCUGCAGGAAGCGGUCGCACAAAAAGAUGCCACCCUCGACACUCUUCGCAAGGAAGAAGUGCUACGGCGAAAGCUCAACGCGAUGAUUCUCGAAUUGAGGGGUAACAUCCGUGUAUUUGUGCGAACAAGGCCUCUCUUGAACGGCGAAGACGAUCCAGCAAAGGUUGAGUAUGUCGACGAGGACUCCCUAGACGGCUGCAAGGAGAUGGUAGUACACGCACCCACCAAGAAGUCGGCCACUGGCAAGGUGAUCAACGAGAAGGACAAGUACGCCUUUGACCGAGUAUUCACGCCAGGCACCAGCAACGAUCUCGUGUUUCAGGAAUGCCAGGAUCUUAUUCAGUCCGUUGUCGAUGGCUACAAUGUCAGCAUACUGUCGUAUGGACAGACUGGAAGCGGUAAAACGUACGGCAUGUCGGGUCCUGGAGGUAUCAUUCCUAGCUCGAUUGGUUUGCUGCUUGCGGAGAUGGCACGCCUGAAGGAGAAAGGGUGGGAGUACGCUGUCGAGGCAUCCUUUGUGGAAGUCUACAAUGAGACUUUGAACGAUCUUCUCGGCGAUGCUAAAACCUGGGACGACGAGGACGAACUUGCUGCAAGCGUGCGUGGGAAGAAGAAGGAAAAGCAUGAAAUUCACCACGAUACAGCCACAGGGAAGACCUCCGUCUCGAACUUGACGUCUGUAACACUGUGGCCGCCUCCCACAAGCGAAGCAGACUGGCCGCCGGCAGCUCCCAACCGCCGAGUAGCAGCCACGAAAGCCAACGAGCGCAGUUCUCGAAGUCACAGCAUCUUCAUGCUGACUCUCAAGGGUUCAUGCGCUGCGACAAAUGAAAGCAGCGAAGGCGUCCUCAAUCUCGUGGAUCUUGCCGGUAGCGAGCGUCUGAAGCAAUCUGGCGCCGAAGGCAGUCGGAUGAAAGAGACUCAGGCCAUCAACAAGAGCCUGUCUAGUCUCGGGGAUGUCAUCAUGGCGCUGGGUAACAAGGGCGGCAAUGCUGAUGCGCAUGUGCCAUACAGGAACAGCAAGUUGACCUACCUUCUCCAAUCUUCGCUGGGUGGCACCACUGCUGGCAAGUCUUCCCGCACACUAAUGUUGCUGCAUCUCAGUCCGCUGCAGUCACAUUGGCAGGAGACGAAGAGUAGUUUGGGAUUUGGAAGCAAAGUCCAUGGGACACAUAUUGGGACAGCGAAGAAACGCUGA